AUGGAGAAGUUCUGCACCUUCUGCAUUGAGGUGGGCGACGAGUCCGAGGGAGGCUACUGCUACCCGGCCGCCACCUGUAAAGGCGAGACCAUCGACAAGGGCGACUGGAUCGGUGCGACCUUCACGCACACCGAUCCGCAGGCCGCCAUCUCGAAGCAGAUAGAGAAGCCGAUGCCAACGAGCUGGAUCGGCGCGAACUCCACGUGCAGCAGGCUGCAGAAGAACAAGCAGAACAAGAAGGAGAACAAGGAGAAGGAGAACAAGGAGGAGGAGCCGAUCGCGCGCCCGUCGUCCUUGCCUGGUGGAUUGACGUCUGGGGACCUCUUCGACAUCUGCAGCGACGCCGGCGAUGACGCUACAGAUGGCUGGGCGUGCUGGCAUCGUGACAAGGACCCUGUGGACUCCUUCCAGCUCGUGCCUGAGCAGAACCUGGAGGCCUUCGAGAAGGCGGAGCACGAGAGGCACGCCCGCCUGUCCCUCUGGAGGCUGCAGGAGGACAGGCUGGUCGGCAUCAUCAGUCCCAAGAUGCAAGAGAAGGAGAAGGUGGAGGGGGCCUUCGGCUCAGAGGGCAUCGAGGGCAAGGGCUGCGUGGGCAUGGACGGCAGGGUCGGGAUUGACGAGGUGAUGGACUCGUUCGGGGAUCUCGCCAAGUGCACUAUCCAGGACUGCGCGGCCGCACUCAAGGAGAAGGGCAUCCACCGCGAUGACUUCUUGGGUUGGCUCCGCGCCCAGCCCGAGGUCGUCGACUUUGCGAAGCUCGGGAUCGACAUCGCUGACGUCGAGCCCGCGGUGCUGGGCGGCUGA